AUGUUCGCCUUGCGCCGGGUCGCUGCCCUCGUUCUCGGCCAGGAUAACUCGACCCAAGGACUCCAUGCAGAACUCGAGGCAUCGGCAGUUCCAGUCACCAAUGCCCAGUGCAGGUCCUGUCCAGAUCCCUGCGAUGAAGGACACGAUAGUUUCCCCAAAUUUGAUGUGGAUAUGGAAUCGCAUAUGCUAGGUAGCGUGAAGCCAUACCGUCGGCAGCUCGUCAUCUCCACCGGGAAGAUCGACUGGGACAGGGAAGUCACCGACACCAAAGGUUCUUUCGCCGCCUUUCUCUCACAGGUCGAGCAUCGGAAGCUGCAUUCAUCACAUCCCCGGCGACCCAGUGUAACUGCCAUAUCUCGUUCACCCCCAAAUGAUUCGAUUCUUCUUCAAGAAAAAGUUUGCAGCAUCGUUUCUCCUCAUAAUCCUCUCCCCCCUCCCCCGCUGGCCUCUCACAGUACGUUUGGCGUGUUCAACGCUACAGAUUCGAAAAGGGUAUCAAUCCUGAAUGGCAGCCAUAACACUCUAUGUCACGAUCCAGACUAUGAGACGAUUCUCGUUUUUCCCGAUUACAAAUUGGUGACAGGGGUUCCACGAUCCAUCGAAGGAGCGCAGAACCUAUGGAACAUCUGUAUCGACCCGGAGCUCGGCCGUGCUGGUGGGGUCCCUGAGAAGAGUCCGUUUAAUUCUUGGGUUAUACCCUAUUCUUGUGUGAUCCUUCUCUGCUCGCAUAAAAAACGUGACAAGCGAUGUUCCAUUGCCGCAGCAAAGCUCGAGCAUGCGUUUACACAGACCCUUGAAUCCAAAGGCUGGACGGUAGAUACGCAGUUGGAGCACCCGAUGGACGAGCCGCUAGAGGAUUUCGUUGGGUCGCCCGAGGAACAGGAGGAGAAUAUUAUUCGGCGGUUGCAAAAGCUUCAGGAUGCGAAAAAGGCGCUGAUUAUACGCAAUUCACAUAUUGGGGGCCAUCGAUAUGCAGGGAAUUGUAUCAUUUACACUCCGCAGGGAGCCGGUGUAUGGUAUGGCCGCGUGUCGACGCACGAGGUUGAUUCGAUUGUGGCGAAUACGAUUGAGGACGGGUUGGUUCUGCCCAAGCUGCUCCGUGGAGGCGUGAAUAUCUCACGGCCGGGUUGUAACAACUUGCAUGAUUGGUGA